UCUCGAAUUGAAGACAUUCGUUGUUGCUUUCCGUCGUCGAUUCAUAGUUUCGUGUGUUUUUAAUAGCUUGAGCAAUUUCAUUACUACUCCAUUACACUACGACAAAUACGUGAAAAAUGGUUUCUCGAGCUGGUUUGGAAUACAAUCGAGGAUGCUGGGAAUUAGAUAAACAAGCUAAGGCUCCGUACAAAGGUCUAGAGGCAGAAGGAGAUGAGAAAAUUAGGUUCUACAGUUGUUGGGAUCAAACUCCAGAUAUUUUGCUAGAAGAAAUAUUUUCGUAUUUGACAAUGCGGGAACGGUAUAACGCAUCGCUCGUUUGCAAAUCUUGGUACAGAGCUUUUCAUCUUCAACGAGUCUGGGAUAAAUUCAUUCUCGAAGAUACAACGCUCACAAGAGGGAAAUUUAAUUACUACAGCGGUUGGCAAUACGUUCUUGACCACAUGAGGACAUCUGCAUGCCUAAACAAAGUCGGCAAAAAUUUUCGUUCGCUCGUUUUUGAGCCUAUGCUCAAUUUCUACAAUCUCUAUGAAUUCAUGAACAUGGUCUCUUGGUACACGGAAAAACAAGGAUGCGAUAAUUUAUCUGUUGCCGGGGUUGGAACGCAUAUUCGUCAUUUAAAAUUUACAUUUCCUUGCAACAUGGCUAAUCGCGAUGAUCCCGAACGUGUUCGACUCUUUGGAACUGGUGGUAAACUGUUGGAAGCCCUCAAAAGACUGACAAGAAAUUUGACGAGUCUCAAUUGCCUUGAAUUCAUAGAUCUUAUGCUCGACAAUAAAGAAGCUUUGCAUUUACUCGAUGAUGUUUGCAGUAAUUGUGGACAAACUCUGUACAAAUUAGUUCUUAUCAAUGCAACGAGAUUUUACUGCCCUCUCAUCCACAUUGGAGUGUUCCUCAAUCUCAAAGUUCUCGUUGUGAGUCCACAAAAUAUAGACGGAGACGUGCUCGAACUUCUGGGGCACACGAAAUUGGAGCAUCUUCAUAUCUACCAAAAUCGAUACAGUCCCAUGGAUGCAACAAUACAACUGCCUCAAAGUUUCGCGUGGGAAAAAAUGCGGAAGCAUAAUCCGCAUCUAAAAGUGCAUUUUGCUGUUGAGUGCAACAAAACCACUCACACAAUUUUACCGAUUGACUUAGUGGCUGACAGCUGCAUACCAUGCUACAGCAUUGUGCUGAAUAAUCCAACAAUGCAGGUGGUUUUCAAGGAGUUUACUCAUAGCGUUAUAAACGUUUCCCCAGCAGAUAUAAUCGCUCACAGUGCACAUUUUAAUUCGACUUUGAGUGUCUACGCUUUGAAAGGUCUGUCGAGGUAUUACCUGCACAAAAACUUUGCAAAACGAUUGGACGAAGUAUUAGUGGGAUUGUGCAAAAUGUGUCCGAAUCUUCAUACAUUGAUGAUUCGGGACAAAAUUUCAACAGCUACAAUUCUCCAAAUAGCCACUACAGCAAAAGCUUUGCGAUUUUUAUACGUGAGACGAAAUGUAGUACUGAAACGUUUUGACCGGAACUGGGCCGAUAAUAGCGAUUGGACAAACGAAAGAUAUCAAUGGAUGAAAAUUCAUUGUCGUUCGUACGAGCGUACAGAACAAGAAGUUUCAAAAAUAUUGGGAUACCGAUGGCACAUGUUAUCAGAAAAGGAAUUCAAAAAUCAACUUAUUGGUUUACACAUUUGAAUCCAAGGGCCAUAGACUAAAAUGAAAAUUCGGAGUCAGUCAAGCAACAACUGAGAAUCACUCAUAUAAAUAAUAAUACCUGUUAAUUUGAUUAAAGGAUGAGGGCUUUUACAUUAUUAAUCCCGAUUGAAACUGGAAAUAAGUAAAACUUAGAAUCAAAUGUAUCGUUUUAUUUCGCCUUCAUAAACUUUUUUUUAGAAUCUCACUCAUCGUUAUAAAAUCGAAAAUAGUGUAAUAAAUGAACGUACGUUCAUAAAAAGUAGAUUUGCCUUAUUCUGUUAACCGGUGAUUGGUAUUGUAUCAUAUAUGUACAAAAAAAAGUCGGACCCAUUCCGGUAAUGUAGCAUAUGUGUACAUAUUAAAAUAACGUUUUUAAUUUUCAACUGAUUUCGACAAAACUUCGUAUACAACGGUUUUUUGGGUCGCUAAUUCAAUUCCUGGACUCAAAUUUUACCUUGCUACCGUUGAAAGUGGCUAAAAUCGAAUAUUGAGGGUGAAAUUGCUAGUUUUUAUGCUAUAUUGCAUUAAAAUAUGUAUGUUUUUUAGAGCACCACAUUUGUUUAUCUGAAUAGAAAAAAACUUGCUACCUGCAAAGAGGUGAAAAAUAAAGGUUGUGGGUAAAAUUUUCAGGUUUAUCACUUACAAGUUUUAUGCUAUAUGACAUGAAAAUUUCAAAUUUUUUUACGAAAUAUAUCUAUUCAAUUUCUCAAAAAUGAUAAUACAUGACGCUAUUUGCAGCUGACAUUUUAAAUUGUUUCAUAGUAUUUCGUUAUUUGGACGAAGCAUCCCAAACAACGUCCGUUUACCAAUUUUUAUCCAAAUCGAUCGAAAACUGAUGAUUUUUGAAUUUGUACAUUAUAAAGUACCAAUCAAUUGACUAAAGUACACAGGGAAUUCAUUGUUUUUCUCUCAAUAAAAAUGUCUAGAAUCCUAAAAAACGUCGAGUAUCUAUGAAACAUAGUAUAAAACCUUUCCAUUGAAAAAUAACCCACGGAGACAACUUUUUUAAUUUCAGCGUGAAAUUAAAAAAUUUCACCUGAAUUCUUAUUUUCAACCCUUCGAGGAUAGCGUAUUUGGUUUUAUUUCGAUAAAAGAGUCUAGUGUCAUAAAAAACGUACAGUUUUCAUGUCAUAUACCAUAAAAAUUUCAAAGUGAAAAAUCUGAACAUUUCACCCUCAAGCUUAUUUUUUAACCCUUCGAAGAUAGUGAAUUUUGUUUUAUGUUUAUAAAAGAGUCUAGUGUCCUGAAAAACUUGAAAUUUCCAUGUCAUAUAGCAUAAAACCUUGCAAGUGGAAAAUUGGAAAAGUUCACCCCCAACCCUUUUUAUUCAAUCCUUGACAAGUAGCGAGUUUGUUUUAUUUCGAUGAAAGAGUCUGGUGUCCCAAAAAACAAACAAUUUUUAUGUAAUAUAACAAAAACUUUCCAUUGGAAAAUCUAACAAUUUCACCCUCAACUCCCGAUUUUGAGGAUAGUGAAUUUUAUUUGAUUUCGAUUAAAAAACAAAUCUAGUAUCAAAAACUUGGAAUUUACAUGAAAAAUGGCAUAAAAACAUGCCAUUGAAAAAUCUAAAAUUUUCAUUUUUUCAACCCUCAUUCUCACUUCUUCCAAGGGUAGGUAGGUGAAAACUAAAUAUGGGAAUGAAAUCAACAACCUCGAAAAUCUCCAGAAACAAAUUUUCGUGUAUUUCGUGUCCAGUCAUUUGGGGCUCAAAAAGGGGUUUACCUGGAAAAUUUUCGGGGAGUUUUGAAAAACUGAUUUUGAACGCCAUUUUUUUCAAAAUGGCGGGGCGAGCGGCAAAGAUACGUGGUAGCAAAGUGAAAAUUUAAAAAUAGGAGGUCAAAAUCUAAAGUAGCCAAUUUUCAAAACUCCCGGAAAACUUUUCAGGUAAAACUACCAAAUGACUGGACUAUCGGUAACUUAUUGGCUCGUACUAGUUUUGAAACGAAAAUUGAAAAAAAAGCUUACCAGUCAACCGGUUAAUUUAUAAUGACUUCGGCAGCUGAACAUUCAACUAUAGAAAGGAGUCUGAUUAUUAACGAGCGAAACACAACUUGACCAUUUGUGGUGUACAUCAUAAUAAUCGAUAAUAAUUAUUGUCAAACAUUGAUGAUUUUUGAGCUAGUCAUGUACAAAAAGCAAAUUUUCAAUCAUGUUAAAUGGCAGAAGAGCGCUGAAAUUAGAUAUAUUUUUAUCGAUCGUCGAAAUCAUAUAUUUCCUGAACGUCAAUACUAACAAUUCAUACAUUUAACCACAAAAAAAUUUAGAGUUUCAUUUCCAGCAGUGUCAAACAAUGAGAAGCUUCCGAAAAAGGAAAUUUCAUUACUGGCCGGUAAUGAUAAAUAAAAUUAUUAAGAUGAUGGCAUGUAAUUAAUAUUUAUAUAUGUAUAUGUAGCAUAUAUCUCAAAAAAGAAAAACUAUCAAUAAUAUCAAUAAUCAAAAAUCUCUAAGACACAGCCCUGAACGUUUGUCCCGAUGUUUAUUCCGUUGAAUCGUCCGUGCUUUGAACGCGGCCGCGUUCAUUAAAGUCUAAAAAAAUAAUUAAAAAUUCAUAUAUCUGUAUACAAAAAGAAGGUUUCAUCGAUUGAGAGUCAUUAUAUAAAUUAUGAACGCCACCCACCCUUUCCAAUUUGCUGGUCUUUUGAGAUGAGGGUACUGCUAUCGCUUUGCUACCCAGUUGAAAGAUUUCACGAAGAAGUAAAUUUUCUGCUAGGUGAAUAUUUAUGCCGGGUCCUAAAAGUCGGCAACAAGCGUUGUAUUGCGUUCUUGCGCACCAUCCUUCCAAAUAUAAAACUUCUUGCCCGAACCUGAUGUUAGUUUCAGGGAUGAUAUCCUCCUAAAUAUAUAAAAGUAUUUUUAAGAAGAAAUUUAGCACAUUCGUUAUUUAAUUUUUUUCUCGAUGAAAAUUCAUUUCAAUUUUAUACCCUUUGUGGCUAAUUUAUUGACAUUGGUUUGUAAUAAUAUUUAUAUUCAAUUCGUAGUUGAAAAGAUUAAAUUUGCUCAAGUGUACUAAAAUGAAUGUAUAAAUUAUAAUCUUGGAAAAAAUCAUUUGUUCAAAUGAAAUAAAAAGCUUGGCGCAAUCUCCGAAUCUGGAACAUGUAACCAGACCUGUAUUAGAUUUUGAGAAUAAUCUUUUUUUCUAAUGACAAUAUUGGCAAAAAUUUACAUAAAGUUCUUCUGUUUAUGUGAGUUUGGAGUGAUUGGCAACCAUUUUUAUGGAUUUCAAAAUUAUGUUAAAAAAACAAUCACGAAGAACUCGCCCCUAAAUACAUCAAGCCCCUUCAUUAUUUUUAAUGGUUGAAAAAUAAUUUGGAUAGAUUUUUGGCAGAAUGAUCUAAUACAUAAUAAAUGUUACUACUAUAUUUUUAUUUGUAAUAUCCACCGUAUAGUUUGAAGACGAUAAUGAAAAAAUGUAUUGUGUAAUUUUAUGUGUGUUAAUAAAGGAUCUUUCACUAUC